AUGAAAUCUCAUAUAGAAAAUCUAAUUUCUGUGUACAAGGAGGUAUUAUGCUAUUAUAAUGAUUGGCUAAAUAAAAAUAUAAAAUAUUUUUUGAAAUCAAGAUUUAGCCUUUCAAGAAAAAGCAAAUAUGCGAUCCCUCUUUCUGAAUUAGAUGAUCAGCAAAAGUCUUCAACAAAUCAGAAGCAUAAAAAUGCUACUCAAACUAAAAAAUUAACGUUAGCACAGCAAUACCAACUUGACUCUAGCAUAAGAUUAUCAAGUACUAAUGCAGUUCCUAAAAUAAUGCAAAUUGAUGUUAAAAGUAUCUCAAUUGAACCCGAAGUUACACAAUCAAGAUUGGAUCUUGAAAAUCAAUAUAAAAUAUUAUGGGAACAGUAUAGCAAUGUAAGAAAUGAAUCAAUUGAACUUAAAAAUCAAAAGAAAGCUCUACUAUUAGAAGUGGCAUCAAUUAAGAAACAACAAAUUCGACUUCAGUAA